UUAUGUGCUACGAGGACGAAAGGCAAAAUAUUAUUAUAUGGAUACAGUGCCAACAUAUGGAGAUGCAAAUCAGAAUAUCUUAGAAGAUGUUUUAUUUUCCAAGGAGAAACCAGCAACAGGAAAAACUAUAUUCUUUAUCGAAACGAAAUGCGAGCGAUCUAAUUUGAACUAUAAUAUCCUCAACUUUACGGCUCAUAACGCCUGUGGCAUCGAAUCUGCUGCCUUGCAUCACCCAACCCAUGAUGUCUAUGUCUUGGUUGCUUGUCCAACAUUUCGCCCACAAGCUGAUCCUAUGAUUGAUGCUAUGCUCAGCUAUAAGAAUGUGAAGUUUCGCUAUGUUAAUCUAUGGCGAUUUGCGGAAGGAACUAUAAUCGAAGAAUGGCUAAAAACGGAGGCACUAUUUCAGUCGAAAUAUUUGAUGAACAACAUGUCUAAUCUACUACGACUGCUGGCGCUGUAUCGUUAUGGCGGCAUCUACAUGGACGAGGAUGUCAUCAUGUUUCGCAGCCUGAAAGAUGAGUCCCCUAAUUUUAUGGGUGCAGAGACUGAGGACAGCAUUGGAAAUAGUGUGAUUGGCAUGGAGCCAACUGGACACGGACGUCUUUUUUCUUAUAUGUUUUUAGACGAUUUUAAGCGCAAUUAUUCGGGCAAUGUCUGGGGUUACAAUGGUCCCGAUGUGCUGGUGCGGAUGAUGAAAGUAAUUUGUGGUACUAACGAUGUGAAUCUUAUGAGAACGGAUGCGACUCGUUGUCUCGGCAUCAAAGUACUCAACGUUACUGCCUUUUAUGAGAUCAAUUGGUUAGAAAGGGAUAAUUUCUUUGACGAGACUCCGAAAAUCGUUAAUGAAACGCUGACGCGUCUUAAGAAGUCGUAUGGAAUGCACACAUGGAACCAUGUGAAGACUAAUUGGACACAAAGCGUUAAUUCCCCCUCAGCUUACAUCCAGUUGGUGGCUAAGAAUUGUCCAAAGGUCUUUGCAGCCACUGGGAAACGUUUCACAUAGACAAAAUC